AUGGCCUCUGCAAUCCUCAAAACCCCUAGGAACCCCCUUUAUUUGCAGACCCAUCAUGGGUCUCCGCACAGAAUUCUCAAGCCCACUGGUAAAGGAGAACUUUUUCCCAAUAUCGUGAGGCUCUGCUCGGAGAAUCGAUUAAAAGAAGCUGUUAGUACUCUUGAUUUGUUUCAAAAACCAAUUUUAUCUCCAGAGAGGCUUCGUAUGUACGAGCUUUUGAUUUCUUCAAUUGCCUCCGUAGGAGAUCUGUCUCUUGCCAACGAGGUUUACCGCCACAUGAAGGGUUCUGAUUUGCACAGGGGUUGUUACUUGGGAACGAAAAUUAUCGGCAUGUUCAUUAAAUGCGGUAGUCUGGAUGCUGCAUUACAGGUAUUCGAUGCUGUUAACGAUAAGAACUUGCACACGUGGUCUGUGAUAUUGACUGGGUUCUGUCGAAAUGGUCAGUUCGAUGAUGCCUUGCACCUUGUUCGUGAUUUUAGUGGUACCCAUGUGAGAGCAGAUGGGUUUGUUUUAAGUAAUAUUGUCAAAGCUUGUGCUGGUUCAUGUAAUUUUAGAUUGGGAAGGGAGGUUCAUGGGUUUGCUUAUAGGAGUGGAUAUGAAUCUGAUAUUUUUGUAAACAACUGUUUGCUUGACGCUUAUAGGAAGUGGGGUCGUAUCGAUGAUGCUCGUAAAUUAUUUGAUAGGAUGUAUCUCAGAGACAUUGCAUCAUGGAAUUCUAUGUUGAAAGGUUAUAGUGAUGCUGGAGAGUUUCCUGCAUUCAUUAGAUUGAUUGAGGAAAUGAAAGCAGUGGAGGGGUUGAAAUUAAAUCUGAUUACUUGGAACACAAUGAUAUCAGGCUAUGCAGCCCAUGGAUGUUCCAAAGAAGCAUUGAACUGUUUCUGCAAGAUGCAAUCCAUGGGAAUGAAACCAGAUUUGAUCUCUUGUAAUGCAUUAAUCUCUGCUCUGGCUCGAGAUGGAUAUUUUCAGGAAGUUCUGGAACUCAUUCAACAGAUGAAGAUUGUGGGUCUGGAGCCCGAUAUUAUCUCCUGGACUACCCUUAUUGGAGGGUACGUGAAUUCAGGCUAUUUUGCUGAAGCUUUGAAUUUGUUUUCAGAGAUACAAAGUUCUGGUUUGGUUUUAGACAAAUUCAUGUAUUCUCUAAGUCUGAAGGCAUGUUCUGGCCUGCAAGCUAUCAGACAAGGCAGAGAAAUCCAUGGUCAUAUGAUCAGAAAUGGGUUUUCAAAUGGAACUUUUCUAAGUACUUCUCUAGUAAACAUGUAUGCUAAAUGUGGGAGGCUAGACUGUGCUAAACCCCUCCUAUCAAAGAAUGACAUUGUCUCAUGGAACUCUUUAAUUUCUGGAUACAUUAAGAAUGGAGACAUUAAGGAAGCAAAGGAACUACUACAACAGCUGCAAGCAGAACCCUUGAAGCUGGACUUGGUUUCAUGGAAUCUGAUGAUCAACUGCUAUGUCGAAGAAGGUGAUAUGAAUGGAGCGUUGGGCAUAGUAGACCUUAUGCAGUCGUUUGGCCUUCUGCCCGACUCUUUUUCUUGGAACAGCCUCUUAAAGGGCUAUGCAAAGGCAGGGCAACUUAGUGAUGCAGUGGAGCUCUUAGGUCAAACAGAGUUCGCAAGAUGCAAGCAGGACUCCUGCUCAUGGAACACACUGAUCUCUACACAUGUCAAAAAUGGCAAAGGGGUCAAGGCACUACAGGCUUUUCGCUUUAUGAGAAUCCGUGAGUUCGAGGUGGAUCCAAUUACAAUUUCCUGCAUUCUUCGUGCUUGUGCUCUUCUGGGAGCUCUUCGAAUUGGAAAAUCCAUACAUGGAUGGAUUAUAAGAAGGAAAACUCAGGACAAGUACGUAACCAGUGCUCUCCUUGAGAUGUAUAUCAAGUCAAAUGCUUUGGAUUCUGCACAGAAGCUUUUUGCUGUGACCGCCAAAACAAACUUGGUAUUAUGGAAUGGAAUGAUUUCGGGUUUAGCUAAAUGUGGGCAGAUGCAUGAGGCUUACAAGCUUUUCCAUGAAAUGAGAUCAACUAACUUAAGUCCGGAUGUAGUUAGUUGGACAUCGAUUAUGUUGGGCUACAUAAAGUGCGGCAAUGCAGAUUUAGCACUAGAAGUGUGGACCCAAAUGCUUCAGGCAGGUGUCCAACCUGACCCAAUUUCUCUUAUAGCUGCCUCAACAGCUUGUGCCAACUUGGGAAUGCUGGGGAUUGCAAAAGAGAUCCAUGGCUUCUCAAUUACGACUGGACUGGAGAGGGAACCAUCUGUUCAAGCUGUUCUCAUGAAUAUGUAUUUAGAAUGUGGUAGUAUGAUCUAA